AUGGUCCACCUGACCGCCCCAAUCCUCCUCCUAGCAUCCCUCUGCCUCCUCCUCCUCACCACCCCCACCCUCGCCGACACAGAAUUCGACUUUCAAAACCACCGCUACAAAUGCCAACGCAAAAGCGGCGCCAUCAUGGACGCCAUCGCCCGCCACUGCCGCAAAGACCUCCACAUGCCCACCGGCAUCGCCCGUUUGGGUGAAAGUUUCGACGGCGGCACCAAUGUCGUUUCCAUCGCCGCAAAACCCGCUUGCUGGAUGGAUGGGCGUGUUAAUGAUCAGACCCGUGUGUGGAUCCCGGAGUACUGGUGCACGAGACAGUUUUGGAAGGUUUGUUCGCAGGGGGAUAGUAGGGGUAGGGGCACGCAGAUUUUUGGUGGCAAGGGGUGUCAGAUGUUUACCAUUACCGAUUUCAAGAAAUAUUAG